GAGUAGUACAUUGUGGAGCGUUUGGUUCGUUUGUAGCCCUAUUCUCAAGGAAAAAUGCACAUCUCUUGAAAAUAAGAGUUUUUCUUAACAAUUUCUGGCCCAGAUCCAUCACCGGAGCUUCUCCAUUUCCCUCUACUAGACCGACCCUUAUCGUUCUCUCCUCCGUCAUUCAGUAGUCACCAAGCACCGCCUCCGCCACCACACGCUAUCUCCACCGCUUCCGCUGCCGCCGGGUAGUGAAUUAUCCAAAUUGUUUAGAUUAGGGUUCUAUGAUCACUUGAAUGAGGCAACUUGAUCAUUUGUUUAUUUUUGGAACUGCUACAGCCGUCUCAAACGAACCCUAAGAUAUGCUUCGGACAAAGCAUUAAGAGAUGAGGUUUUGUUUAUUCUUCUGAAGUUGCUCAGAGGUACUAUUUCACCCUUGCCUUAUCCCCGUGAUGGUACAUUCUGCAUGAGGAUCCUGUUGGCCAGUGUUUGAGCUUAGUUCACUGCAGAAGUUCUGCUGCUUUGGUGGAUGUGCUCUUUUUUCUGUUCAUGCUGUGUGGAACAUUGCUGUGUUAAUGCAUUUGGGCUGAGUAGGUUUGGUGCUUAUUAUAUCAUGGAGUCCUGGCCACCCAGGACUCCGCCAGGACUCCUCUUCUGAAAGAAAAAUCUUCCAGUGAACAAAGUGCCUGUGCGAUCCAUCAUGGCCUAUACAAAGCUCAUUUGUAAUGAUUUACUCCACCUAUUUUGUGAUAUGAAAAGAUGUAGGUGGCCGUGGAGGAACAAUAGUUGAACUUGUAGCAGCAAAAGCUCCACUUGCAGAAAGAUUGUCUGACAGUACAAAAGGCUCGAAUGUGCUUUGAUAAGAUGGAACAUGAUUCUGGAGAACAAUGCCCUGCUGGUAUUAAUGAAUGCAGUAAUGGUGAUUUAGAACAAGUUGCAAUUUGCUUUCCAGAUGAAUGGAUUCCAAAGGUUGACAUGGAGUUUGAAACCGAACAAGAGGCCUAUGAUUUUUACAACAGAUAUGCCUUUGAGAUGGGCUUCUCAAUCCGAAGGAGUUCCAGACACUUACUAAGGAAAGGAGGUGAAGUCAAAGAUAGGACAUUCUGUUGUUCUCGUGAAGGUAUUCGUGGCAAAGAUAGGAGAAAGGAAACUGUGCAAACUCCUCGUUAUGAAACAAGAUGUAAUUGCAAUGCAAAGUUGAAGAUAAGCUUGCGGAAUGGUAAAUAUUAUGUGUUUCAAUUUAUACCUGAGCACAAUCAUGAGCUUGCAUCGCGCACUCAGGUGCAUCGGUUAAGAUCGCAUAGGCAUAUAAUUCCUGCUCAGCCAGUUACAACUCUUGGGAUAUCUCCAAAGCCCACUUUUGAUUUAAUGUCUGCAGAAGUUGAUGGCCAUGAAAAUCUAGGCUUCAUCCUUAAUUUUGGAAAUGAUUUGCAAGCUGAGCAGCCAUUAACCGUCAAGCUUGGAGAUAGUGGAGGUGUCCUGGAGUAUCUUGAAAAGAUGCAACGUGAAGAUCCAAAAUUCUUUUACUCUGUACAACUGGAUAAGCUGCAUACAGCAACAAAUAUCUUUUGGGCGGAUUCAAGAAUGAUAGCUGAUUAUAAAAAUUUUGGAGAUGUUGUUUGCAUUGAUACAACUUACAAAAGAUUUAAUGUGGACAAUAGGCUAUUUGGACUGCUUGUGGGUGUGAAUAACCACAAACAACUUAUCGUUUUUGGUUCUUUCUUACUCGAUGAUGAAACAUCUGAGUCAUUUAAAUGGAUGUUUAGUACAUUCCUCAAGGCUAUGUUAGGGAACAAACCAAAAACAGUUCUUACGGAUGACAAUAUUGCAAUGGCUAAAGCAAUUAAGAUGUGCAUGCCAGAGGCAAAUCAUCGAAUAUGUGUAUGGCAGAUUGGUCAGAAUAUUUGCCAGCAGCUCAGUGUGGUUGUUAGAGAUUAUAAAAAUUUCUGUAUUGAUUUCAGUAGCUGUUUAUAUGAUCAUGAUGAAGAGGCCGCAUUUAUAGACUCUUGGAAUGCGAUGCUUGUGAAGUAUAAACUUGUUGGAAAUGCUUGCCUUGACAGGUUAUUUGAGAAGAAAGAGCAAUGGGCUUUGGUAUAUGACCGAAAAGUAUUUUAUGCAGGCAUAUACAACGCCCAAAGAAAUGACAACAUCAGUAAGGAGCUAAAGAAUUUUCUCAACGCAGAAAAUGAUAUAUUGCUGCUCUUUAAGCACCUUCAAAGAUUGGUUGAGGGUCGACGAUAUGAAGAAAUAAAAGCGGAUAUUGCGGCAAGCCAUAGCAUGCCGAAGCUAAAGUUCGAUUUAGGAAUUUUGAAGCAUGCAGCAAGAACUUAUACGCCAGCUAUAUUCAAGAUGUUCCAGGAUGAGCUUUUGCAGACUUGGAAUUGCGAUAUGCACUUCUUCGGUGAAACUGGUUCCAUUAGCACUUACAAGUUGAAAACUAAUGGCGAAAUACAGGAGCACACAGUUAUGUUUGAUUCAUCAAAGGUUUCUGUUGAAUGCAGCUGCAAGAAUUUUGAGUUUAUAGGGAUCUUAUGUACUCAUGCUCUAAAAGUACUUGAUUUUAAAAACAUCAGGACAAUUCCUGUCUGCUACUUACUAAAGAGGUGGAUGAAGGAUGCAAAGAUGGUGGGUGUAGUUGGUUCUUGUACGCCAUGUCUGGACCCGAAAAUUGAGCUAAGAAGGCGCUAUAAAGAGCUUUGUCGUCUGUUUGUUCAAGUGGCAGCAAAAGCAGCUGAGACUGAAGAAACCUAUGCAAUUGCAGCAGGUCAGAUUAAUAAAUUGCUGCAAGAAGUAGAAAAGAGAUUAAGAAAAAGAUAUAAGCCCGAUCCGGAAGGAGAACAUACUGAACUGAAUGCUCUGGAAGUUGAAUUAGGACAAACCAUGGAGGGUGAUGUAUCAAGCAGAGAACAAAUGCAGACUCAAAAAUUGAAGGGGAUGAAGCUCACUGCUAACAAAAAGAAGAAAAAGAUCCGUCCUCAACAGAUUUCUGUUGGCACUGCAGAGCAAAAUUUGUCAGCCAUUCAUCUAAAUAAUGAUGUAUAUAAUCCCACAAGUGACCCAGUACAGAGAAAUGCAUCUUCUAGCAUGGGAAGAGAAGCUCCUCAAGAUAACUUUGCUCGCCAGCACCCUGUGACAGCAAAUGCAAAUUUGUGGCUUGACUUGUCCCAGCCACCCACUGUUGGUGCCCACACUAGUCUUAUUGCAGACAGUUUUCAACUCCAAGCUGUCCAAGCUAGUUCUUUCAGUCCAGGCCUUUACCAAAUUCAUAAUCCUGCAACUACCAUUCCUAUUAACCAACAAGGGCACCUCAACAUGCUUCAACAAUUCGAACCUCAGCUACACAGCUUAAGCAGGCAACUAUUUUCAGGCUCUGCAGAAGGUUAAGGUUUCGUUUGGGACGUCUUUCUUACUGCUUCAUAAAAUAGUUUUUUAGUACAAAAAUAAAAAAAUUUGUACUAAGAAGCAGAAAGAAAGUCGUCCCAAAAUGAAUCUUAAAUCAUCCUUUGCAGUGCUUCUCUGGUUUUACCUUGUGUAAUGGAUCAGACUUUGCUCUAAAUAGGCUUAACAGUUCGAGCAAUCCUCAUUAGGAACAAAUGGAGAAUGAGGAUCAUAAGUUGACUAAUGAUGAUGAUGAUGAUGAUAAAUCUUUUGGUACUAAAAGCUGAUUUUGAGUCAUUCAGUUCUCUCGCCAAGUGACUGGCUUAUGGUGUAUAUAGCUCGAAGUAGGAAGCUCUGACCACUAAUGCUGCUCUGCCUAUACCAAAGCUCAGAUGCCUCAUCUCUGCAGUUUUGUCCUGAAGCUCAGAAAGUUGCAGAAACAUUUUGUAUCAUAUUUCCUCUGUAGAUGCGUACAGCUUAGGUCUAUUGUUUUGUAGGUGGAUUUGAAUUGUUAAAGAGAGGCAGGAGAGGGUAUUCAAGUCAUACUGUAUAAAGAAAAAUAGCCUAAUAAUGAAAAGCCAUAGCAGGUCAGGCUAACCUGUGUUGAGAAAGAUAUAAGUAGAUUAUAUUCUUUAUUUAGUAGAUUUAAA